AUGACUAAGAAAAAAAACUGGGGAGAAAAGAAAACUAUAGUGUUUACAGAGGAAUGUAGUGCCAUCAUACAAAAGAAGCUUCCUCAAAAUAUGAAGGAUCAUGGGAGCUUCCGAAUCCCAUGCAUCAUAGGGGAUAUUAGCAUUGAAAAAGCAUUGUCUGAUCUGGGAGCUAGCAUCAACCUUAUUUCCUUCGCCAUGAUGAAGAGAAUGAGAAUUGAAGAGGCCAAACCAACAAGAAUGGCACUUCAACUAGCUGAUAGGACAUUCAAGUUUCCUCAUAGAGUAGUAGAAGACUUGUUGGUUAAGGUGGGAGAGUUCAUCUUCCCAACUGAUUUUGUAGUGCUUUAUAUGGAAGAAGUGGCCAAUGCAUCAAUCAUACUAGGGAGGCAAUUCUUAGCAGUAACUAGAGCUAUAAUUGAUGUACAAAAGGGAGAAUUAGUCUUAAGGCUACAUGAAGAAAAGAUGGUGUUCAGUGUUUUUUCUGCAAUGAGUUACCCAAAGGAGUCCAUUGAAGAAUGUAUGAUGGUAGACACAAUGGAGAAGCUGGUUCAAGGAGUCCUAGAAGAAGAUCAAUGUGAAGAUGUAAUGGAGCAAGAGCAAAAAACAUCAUGUGGUGAGCUACCAUAA